GGAUGGCCGACGAACUACAACUAAACGCGAGGCGUUUGUCAGCAGUCAAAAUCGCCCAACGAGGAAUCGGCACGGUGUCAGCUCGAUGCUGAUAAGUUGCCACGUCCAUGGAUAACAGACGGCUGGCAAGGACAUUGACGGCUCACUGAAUUCAUUCUUGAGGAUUGCAAAGAGAAGAGAGAGAAAGAGAUCAGAGUUUGAAAAUUCCGAAGUGCUGAGGAGAUUCUCUUUGUUAUUGUAAAAUUUAUUUUGUUAGUAUUGUUGAAUCUUGCUGCCCAGUAGAUCUACGUAAGUCGUUACUUUAGGAGCUUGGCAUCGCGAGUAUUCCCUGGAGGUAGUGUAGCGAGAGUGCAGGUGAGCAUCAAGUGAUUGUUCGAGGAAGGACAUCGCCUGCUUCUUUGUUCGCUGAAUUUUGAAUGGAGUUGGUGGAGGCGAGAGGGAGAACUCGGGAAAUUGCAGACAGUACAUUAUGAGUCCAGUAUUCUGGGCUCGACUAUGGAGAGCGUGCACGUGUUUGUUGGUGGCGUGCUGUGUCGUACUGGCGGAACGGCGUGACGAAGCAGUGGGUGACUCGGAUGCUUCUGAGCCUAAUUCUCACCCAGCUCAUCAUUACCUAAAUCAAUGGGCAGUGGAGGUGCAGGGAGGGGAGGAAGGUGCGCGCCGAGUGGCAAGGGAAACUGGCUUCACCUAUCUGUCCAAGGUGGGUACGCUGGAUGACUUCCAUACCUUUGCUCACCCGCAUCACCCAGAAGUUCAUCAUGAACAUGCACACGAGAAGACAUCAGUUCUGCAUGGACAUACCGAGGUGCGGUGGGCCGAACAGCAGAAGGUGUUGAAGCGGUCAAAGCGAAGCAUAGCGUCGCAGGAGCAUGCUCCGCGUCAUCCUCAUCACCGUCACCACCAACAGCAUCCCAGCAGACGGAGACGGGGCUUGCCGAAGCGUGAUGUCCCGCUGUCAGUGAACGCCACUGGCCACGGGCAACCGUACCAUGAUCCUCGCGACCCAAUGUGGAGUCAGAUGUGGUAUCAUUUUCGUCGGUAUCAGGAACCUAUGCCAGUGUGGCGCCGUGGCUACACGGGGCGUGGUGUUGUCAUUAGCAUCCUCGACGACGGCAUUGAAUACACGCAUCCUGACUUGAAGAAUCAAUACGAUCCAGAGGCAAGUUACGACUACAACGACAACGAUCCAGACCCUAAACCACGACCAUCGUAUGAGAACAAGCACGGAACUCGCUGUGCUGGCGAGGCAUCUGCAGGUUUGAAUGACGUCUGUGUGGUUGGUGCAGCAUACAACAGCUCCAUCGGUGGUGUUCGUAUGCUGGACGGCACAGUGACGGACAUAGUGGAGGGCCACUCGCUGAGCUUUCACCCGCAGCAUAUCGAUAUCUACAGUAGUAGCUGGGGACCGGACGAUGAUGGGCUAACUGUGGAUGGUCCAGCACGCUUAGCACAGGCUGCGUUCAAGCAGGGUACUGAAAAAGGACGUGGAGGCUUAGGGUCCAUCUUUGUCUGGGCAUCCGGCAAUGGCGGAUCGAAAGGUGAUAGUUGUGGUUGUGAUGGCUACACAAACACAAUCUACUCUAUCAGUGUGAGUGCCAUGUCGGAACAUGGUGCAUCACCCUGGUAUUCUGAACAUUGCUCAAGUACUCUGGCCAGUACAUACAGUAGUGGAAAGAAGUCACAGGGAGAAAGGCAAAUUGUGACGGUUGAUUUAAACGGUGGCUGUACGUCAGCCCACACCGGCACAUCUGCCGCUGCACCCAUGGCUGCUGGACUUCUGGCUCUGGUCUUGGAAGCUAAUCCCAAGCUAACAUGGCGUGACGUGCAGCACAUCGUGGUACUCACGUCGCAGCCGCACCCGCCGGACGCCGUCAACUACCAGCCCAACAUCUGGACACGCAACGCGGCGGGUCACACGCACAGUCAUGAGUUUGGCUUUGGUCUCAUGCACACUGCGGCCAUGGUGAACCUAGCCAGGCACUGGAGACGUGUACAGGACAUGCACUCAUGCCUGGAACACACUACGAAUAUUGACCAGACCAAGCCCGGCACGUUCACCAUAGAGGCGAGGGCCUGCCAGGGCACGGCAAACGAGGUGCGCUACGCUGAAAACGUCAUCGCUAUCAUCAGCGUGGGCGGCAGUCGACGUGGUGGACUUAAGUUUGGCCUGACGUCACCGCAGGGCACCUACUCUGAACUGCUACCGUACCGACGUAAGGACUUUCACACCACGGGAUUUGACAACUGGCGAUUCCUGACCGUGCGCAGCUGGGGGGAGAAUCCGCACGGCCAGUGGAAGUUCACCGUGGACGCACAGGCCAAUGUCAGAGUCACUAGCAUCCAGCUGGAGAUUCACGGUACGUACGACGCGCCUGCGUUCACCCGCCUACCGGAGAUGUCCGAUUGUCAUACCCAGUGCCAUGACGGCUGUGUGGGCUUGUCCUCCAAGGACUGCCAUAGCUGUAAGGAGAUGACCGUGUUCCUGGACGACAACGCGUUUGACUGUGUGCCGUACGACAGCUGCCCGCCUGGCUUCUACAAGCAAGAGAUCACAUGUCGCAAGUGUGCCGUGAAGAACUGCUGGGAGUGUGGCAGUGAUGGUCAUGGUUGCGAGAGCUGCAGCCCCGGCUAUAGUGUCCAUGGCGGCCGGUGCGUGGUGCAGGUGCAGUGCACCAACGGCCAGAUCUACUCGGAAGAGGCCGGCUCGUGCGUGGCGUGCGGCCCGCGCUGUGAGCGCUGUGCCAGCCCGUCUCAGUGUGCCGUGUGCCUGACUGGCUCUAAGCUCUGGCAGGAUCAGUGCUGGGUGAGCUGCCCCACGCCGGCGUCCGUGCAAGAAGGUCAUGAUCUGUGCGUGGCGUGCAACGACGAUUGCAACGGCUGCGGGCCAACCAACGACAUCUGCACGGCUUGCAAGUCGCCCAAGGUACUCUGGACGAAUGGCACAUGCUUCACACAAUGCCCUUCUGGAUCUGUCACCGUGGAAGGUGUGUGCAAGUUAUGCCCUGUGUCCUGUUUGCAAUGUCGUGCCGACAUGACCUGUACCCUAUGCAAGCCCUCCACUCUAAUCUUGCCUGGCUCCAGCGGUUCCGGCUGCGUGACCUCCUGUCCGCCAGGCUUCCGUGCCGACACAAGCGGCAGCUCGCACCGUUGCGAACCGUGCAAUGCUGAACUGCUGUGUGCAGCCUGUACAGAGUCUGCGGGCGCGUGCAGUGCGUGUGAUGGUGGCCGUGUGCUGUUGGCUAGUGGUCAAUGUGCUGACCAGUGCCCAGAUGGAUAUGCUGUUGAUGGCUUGGGCAAGACAUGUCAGCGCUGCUCUGUCCCUGGCUGUGUAGAUUGCACUAACGAUGCGCAGUCCUGUGCUAUGUGCUCUGAGGACAUGUUGCGUUUGACUGUGGCUGGCUCCGUGUCAUGCGUAGCCUCCUGCCCAGCCGGUUACUUUGGAUCUGAAGGUGCACGCGAAUGCCAGCCGUGUGCCAGCGAGUGUAAAUCAUGUACCACGGCGGCCGACUCCUGCUCCAGCUGUCAGCCGCCGCUGUUGCUGCAUGGCGGCGUGUGCCUGCGCGAGUGCCCGCAGGAAACGUUUGCCCAGUCACAGGGCGGUGUGUGCGUGGCGUGCGAUCCGUCCUGUGCCCUCUGCAGAGGUCCCGGCGCUAACGACUGCGCGCGCUGUAGCGAGUCUGGCUACAAAGUGGACAUGCUGUACGGCUGUGUGUCGUCCACGUGUAGGCCGGGUCAGUACGCUAACGCCACACACUGUAUCCCAUGCAGCACGGUGUGCGCCGAAUGCAAUGCAUCAGCCGAGCAGUGCACGGCCUGUCCAACGGGAAAGUCCCUGAUGCACGCGCAGUGCCUUGAUGCAUGCCCGAGUGGGUUCGUGGAGGACUCGCGUGGUAUGUGCGUGGAGUGCAAGCGUAACUGUGCCGCAUGCGCGCCGGGCAAGGUGCGUCUGGCCGGCGAAUGCGUGCAGGGCUGCCCAGCGCAUGGCUAUGCGCGCGUGAACAGCGUGUGCGUCAAGUGCGUGGACGCGUCGUGCCGCUUGUGCCCUCGCUCGGCAGACCAGUGCUUGGACUGUCAGCUGCCCAAUCGCUAUCUGCUGGAGGGGCGCUGUGUGGCCACGUGUCCCCCCGGCCAGUUUGCCCACGGCCGUAACAUCUGCUCCACGUGUCACUCGUCGUGUGCAGCGUGCGUGUCCGACAGUCCAGACUCCUGUACGGCAUGUCACCGACCGUCCGUGCUGCAGUCCGGCUCGUGUGUGUCGACGUGCGACGAUGGGUUCUUCCCGCAGGCGGCGGUGGUUGGUGGUGUCAAGUUGGGAGCCAUGUGCACUGCGUGUAAUGCCCGCUGUCUGCACUGUGAGUCGGCCGGUGUGUGUACUACGUGCAAGACCGGCUUUGCUCUGGCCGCCGGUAGCAAGACCUGUGUGAGCGAGUGCAGUGCCGGCGAGGUGUUGGACGUCUCGGCGCAGCGCUGCAUCGCGUGCCCGCCUGGCUGCUCAACUUGCUCGCAGUCCGGCAAGUGUACCCGGUGCCAGGGCCAGCGCUGGCUACAUCACGGUCAGUGCCUGCUGGAGUGCCCGCCACGCUUCUACCCGGAGUCGGCGACGGGGGCUCGCUGUCGCAAGUGCCACGCCGGCUGUGCGACGUGCAGCGGGCCCUCGGUGUGUCGCACCUGCAUCGCCGGCCUGUUCCGCCACGCGGACGGGCUGUGCAGGGCCGAGUGUCCAAGCGGUGAGUACAUACACCGUGACGGGGGUGCAUGUCACAAGUGCAAUUCGCUGUGCCUGACGUGCGCAGGUCCAGGUGAGAGUGACUGCGUCCAGUGUAAAGCUGUGCUGCCCAAUGGCUGGUACUCUCGCCAGGACGGCAGCUGUGGAAGGUGCCACGCGUCGUGCAAGGCCUGCGCUGGUACUGCAACACCGUGCAUUUCCUGCCGCGCCUCUCAGAAGCUGGUCAACGGCGCGUGUCUGGAGGUUCCUACGUCCUGUCGACCAUCUCACUACCUGGAUAAGAAGAUUGGCCGAUGCUUGCCCUGUGCUGAUAACUGUGAGCAGUGCAGUAAUGACGGCGGCGCUGUCGUGUGCGACAGGUGUGCCGUGACGCAUCGCAAAUCGCCCGUCGACGGUCGCUGCUAUCCCUGCUGUACCGUCUUGGCCACCAGCACCACUCCGCCGUGCUGUGCUUGCUCACCGGACGCCAGUGCUCUGACAUGCUCACCCGGCUCCUUCUCCACCGCACCAUCGUCGACAUCCGAGUCCUCGACGCACGGCAGCAGCCAGGUUGUUGAGGUGGUUCAUCGCAAUCGACAGGGCGUGCAGCCGACUGCUCGGCCCGACGACGAAGACGUGAGAAUGCGAGCAAAGCGGCCGGGUGGUGUUGGUGGUGGAACUGACCAAGCACACACGUCUCGCAAUGUGGCAGCCCGAGCUGUUGCCGUAGUUGUUGCCGGCAUCGUGGCCUUCCUUGCCGUCAUCUACUUUGUCAUGCUGGUUUACCGACGUCUGGGUACUGGCUGGACACCGUCGGUGCAGUACAAGCGACUUGCCGUCGCUGACGAGGCUGCCGAUGACGAAGAGGUCGACCUCUGAGCAGCAGAUCUGCUGCUGGAGUAGUAAACUUACCACUCUAGUGUUGACUGCCCUUCAUAGUAUGUAUGCGGUGGAUUGGAUUGCGUUUAAAACUACAUAUCCCCCCGCCCGGUAUAAGGAUGUGCUGUGCUGUGCCGCAUGCCAUCCCGCCGCCACCACGGUCAGUGCCUGCCGGUCUGGCUCUGACCUCUGCGUGCUUGGCCACACUCCGUGGAGCUAGUACCACACGCUCGCUCAUGCAUGUACGUCGAGUUGAUUCUCACUUGGUAUGAGCUGCUGCUGCUGCGUGUGUGUGUGUGCGCGCGCGCGCGCGCGUGUGUGCGUGUGUGUGUGCGUGUGUGUGUGUGUAUGUCCUAGUAUGUAGGAUUCUAGACUUGAGUGACUGUUAUCAAGGUAAAACCACGUGGCAAACUGUCAGCCAUGCGUUGAACAUCACCCACCGUGCCCCAGGCCAGGCGUAGCACACACACACAGCGCAUGAUAUCAGUUUGCCGUUGCCUGCGUGAAUGCAAUGGCGCUCGGUUUCCUUUCUUCUCUAUUUUUUUUACUAUUCAGUAUGUCUAUAAUGCUACUACUUUCCACUAGCUGAGCAUGUCAACAAUGCGUGUCCUCAUCUUGAAAAUUACCACCCCAUUGUCUAUAAAUUAAUCAUCUCCUCGCCCAACGCGACGACACGAAACCCACCCCACCUUCGCGAAAGCCCAUCAUGCUCACGUUUCUUCUGUCCUGUGUCCAUUUUUAGCUCUUUCUUCCCUCCUUCUCAAUUCCCCAGAUGGAGGAUGGUUUGCAUAAGCGUGACUAGUGUGUUGUAUCAAGUUUCGUCUUUGCCUCGAUCAACUCUGCCCCAUUUUACCAUUAAUUUUAACCUGACUCUGAUUUCUUGGUGUUUCUGCCCUAGUUCCCCUACUCAUGGCCCACCAUAAUUAUUAAUAUACACAUCGUGAUCAUGAACAUGGUUUUUUCACUGAAAUUCUAGUUCAAACGUGUACCACAAAUCUA